GAUAAGCGCGAAUAGUGCAAUCGCUGUCCCAACUUACCUCGUGUUCUGGUUGCAAACAAAGAAAAAGUGCAUUUUAAUUAUUAUUCACUUACAUUUAAUUUGAUUUGACGAUUACAACGUGAGCGCGCUGCAUUCAACGUUUGAGCUCCUGUCGUGUUACAACUUGCGUGCGCCUCCCUGUAUGCGUCUCAUGGUCGCGUCUCCGUCGUGUGUGGUGUGUGUAUAUUGUGUGGCAUUGUGUGGCUGUGGCAUUGGCGCUCCGUCCGCUGCUACUGCUGCUGCUGCUGCGCCUCCGAUUCCAUUCAUAUAUUCUAUUAACUAAUAAACAAAUAACCUUCGAGACGACGAAAAGUGCCCCCGUGCACCACCUGGUCGAAUAAACCAAAAGCAACGCAAAAAAAAAUAAAAAAAACAAACAUCGAAAACUAAAAAUCAAAAAUCAAAAUCGCAGCAUUUGCCAAGAAACUGCGUCUGUAUAUGUGAGUGUGUGUUGUGUCUUUUCUUCACGUCUCUCUUCGUCUCGUCGUCGUGCUGCGCUGUUUCCGUAUUGUUUCAGCAGAGCAGCAGCAGCAAUACCAACAACAACAACUAGCAAUUCAUAGCCAAACGCAAGACCCAAAGAAAGAAGUAAACGCAAACGUAAGGCAAAGGCAAAAAAGCAAAGUGUUUGCCUGUGUUUGCGCUUGUGUGCGUAAAGUGUGCGUGUGCAUGUGAACGUUGCCAUUGCGUAUUCGUGUGCGUAAGCGUAAGCGUGUGCGUCUGCGUGUGUGUGUAGUGGAGUGACGACAACAACAAACACAACAACAACGACAAAUGGCGGACGUGAGUGAUCCAAGUGAACUGUUCGAUCUUGAGCUCCACGAGGACGACAAAGCACAUGAUUCGGACGAUGACAGGAUCGAGCUGGAUGAUGUCGAUCUAGAACCGGAAUUGAGCAUAAAUCUACAUCAAGACAAUGAAGGACAGGAGACCAUACAACUCUCAGAGGAAAAUGUCAAUCCGGGGAAAAUCAAGCUGGGUCCCAAGGAUUUUGAGCUCAAAAAAGUCCUCGGCAAAGGUGGCUACGGCAAAGUAUUCCAGGUGCGCAAAACCGCUGGACGUGAUGCCAACAAAUAUUUUGCCAUGAAGGUGCUGAAGAAGGCAUCGAUAGUCACCAAUCAAAAGGACACAGCGCACACACGAGCUGAACGCAACAUACUCGAGGCAGUCAAGCAUCCGUUUAUUGUGGAGCUAGUGUAUGCCUUUCAAACAGACGGCAAAUUGUAUCUGAUACUCGAGUAUCUCAGCGGCGGUGAGCUGUUUAUGCAUUUGGAGCGCGAGGGCAUCUUCCUGGAGGAUACCACAUGCUUUUAUUUGAGCGAAAUCAUUUUAGCUCUGGGACAUUUACACAAACUUGGCAUCAUCUAUCGCGAUCUGAAGCCAGAGAACAUACUGCUGGAUGCCCAGGGACAUGUGAAGCUAACCGAUUUUGGUCUGUGCAAGGAGCACAUACAAGAGGGUAUUGUCACCCACACCUUCUGCGGCACAAUUGAGUACAUGGCACCUGAAAUCCUUACCAGAAGUGGCCAUGGCAAAGCCGUCGAUUGGUGGUCACUAGGCGCACUCAUGUUCGACAUGCUCACAGGCGUGCCGCCUUUCACAGCGGAGAAUCGCAAGAAAACCAUCGAGACCAUAUUGAAAGCAAAGCUUAAUCUGCCAGCCUACCUCACACCCGAAGCCAGAGAUCUGGUGCGACGCCUGAUGAAGCGUCAGGAGCCACUGCGUCUGGGCAGCGGACCCGAGGAUGCGACUGCCGUGCAAAUGCAUCCAUUCUUCAAGCACGUCAACUGGGAAGAUGUUGUCGCUCGUCGCCUUGAGCCACCCAUUAAGCCGCUGCUGCGAAGUGAGGAUGAUGUGUCACAGUUUGAUACGAGAUUCACAAGACAGAUUCCCGUGGACUCACCGGAUGAUACCACGCUCAGCGAAAGUGCCAAUUUAAUUUUCCAAGGUUUCACAUAUGUUGCGCCAUCCAUACUGGAGGAUAUGCAUCGAGCCAAUCGGAUGCCAGCGCGUUCACCACGACGCACUCCACGCCAGCAUCAACAUCAGCAUCCGGAUAACAGUUUUCGGCUGCAGUUCCCAUCGGCGAACGCGAAUGUGGGCGGCGGGGGCAAUGCGCCCAUGGGGAUGCAACGCUCGACGCUGUUUGCACGGGCCACGCCCCCACAUCAGCUGCAGCAUCCGCAUCCACAUCAUAUGGCAACAUUUGCGCCACGUCCGUCGCCGGCGCAGGACGAGAUGAUGGAUGUGCAGCAAGGACUGCCGAUGGUCUAAGGUUACUAUAUAAUAUGACAUACUACAGCUGAGGAAGAGGAUAAGGAUGAUGAUGCUGAUGAGAAGGAGCAAACAACGAGAGGAUGGAGAAGCAGAUUGUUUUUGUUAUGCAAGAGAGAAUUGGAGGAGAGAAGAGAAGAGCGCGUGCUACGAUAAACGUUUUGUUUGGAUCUAUACAUAAAUACUACAGUUAGAGACACACACAUACAUAUAACACAUAUAACAUAAACUAAUAUACCAUAUAUAUAUGCUAUAGCUAUAGCUUAUACUAUACUAUAUAUAGAAUGUAACUAUAUAUGUAUGGAAGUAGAGAUCGAGAUCAAGUAGCUGCAAAGCGAGAAUCAUGUAAAAUAUUUACCACUUAUUAACUAUGUUUUAUACUAUAUAGGCGAAAAGGUUUAAACAAUUUAGUUCAAAUGUACACUUUCAACUUUUUUGAUUUUUUAUACACACACAAACACACACACACACUUACAUACACAUACUUAUAUACUUACAUAGUGAAAAGGACAACAAUUAUGAUUACGAUUAUGAUGAGUUAAAAGAGUUAAGUGAGGGAAGAAUUUCCCCCACCAACAACAACAACAGCAAAAGUUAUAAUGAUUUACAAACACAGUUUUUUUUUUUGUUUAGUUUCGAGCUUUAAAUUCAAAUAUUAAGCAAAAAUGAUAAACUAACAUAUAAAGCAGAAUAAGAUGAGAAACAAAACCUCUGUGUAUAGUUGACCAUAGUUAUAGGACUGCAAAUUGCAAAUGCCCCCCAAUUAAAGAAAAACACCAACAAUAAUAAUGAUAAUGCUAAAACAAAUAAAGAUGAAUAUAAAUAUGAAAAAUGAAAUGUGAAAUGUAAAAUGAAGAUGAUAAAGAAACGUUAGGGAAUGCAUAGCCAAUUUAUUGAGUUUGUUUUUGUUUGUUUUUUGAUUUUCUUCUCAAAUAGUUGAUUUAUUUUAUGAGAAUAGUUUUGCAGAUAACUCGCUUUCAGUUGCUGCCCAACAUUUCUCUUAGUUAUGUUACUUAAUAACAGAAAGUUGUUCAAAAUAAGGCAUUUCUUAAAACAAAAACAGAAAAAAAGCGGCAAAAUGAAAAGAAUAAAGAGGGAAUUAACGAAUAACAAAAACAAUAUGAAACUGAACCCCGAUGAUGCUACAUAUAUAUACUAUAUAUUUUAAAUCCAAUAAUUAUCGUGUACUGAGAAACUAAAUGCUGCCACAACAACAACAACACCAACAAAAUAAAAUUAAAGAGUAACUAAAAUUAAAGUAAAACAAAGAUUAAGAAAAAAAAAAGAAAUGUAUAAUAUUGAAUUUUUUUGUGUAUGUACUUUGAUUAUAUUCUGUUUCAGUUGUUUUUUUUUUUCUUUUUGUUGUUUAUUCUGAUCUAACUAUUGAUAUUUGCAAAUAAAUAACAAAAAACCGCAUAAAAAAUGAAAACGACAAAAAAAGCAAAAAAAAAAAAAUGGAAAACAAAAUACAAUGUCAAAUAUAAUCAAAAGGUGCUUUGAAUUGUUUACAAAAAGACAAGACAACUACAAUACAAAACAAAACAAAAAAAAAAAAAUAAAAACAAAAACAAAAAAAGAGAUAAACAAACUAUUGAAAACGAGAACGACUAAAAACUAAAUACUUAUAAUGGUUAUGUGUAUAAAAAUAAAUAAAAGAAAGAAAAGGAAAAACAAAAACAUAUUUAUAUAAACAAAAAAGAAAAUACCUCAAAAGCAAUUAUUUUUGUUAAAAAAAAAGAAAAAGAAAAA